AUGGGUGAUCUGGAAACCACGUCUUCGUCGGAUGGCCAUUCCACUGGAAAACUGCGUCACGGGUCCAAUGAUACCGAAGAAAGAGUCACUUUUUCGACAACUUUGGAUGAUGAAGACGUCGUCUCGGAGUACAAUUCAAUGAAUCCAAACCUGGUGGACGAGUGUGAUCUGUGUGUUCUCGAGAAUGGCCGCAUUUUUUAUAUCCAAGCAAAUUUUUUUUUUGGAUAUUUUCGGAAUUUUUAA